AUGAAAACAAUUUGGGGUUUUUCGUUGACGAUUUCAAACAUGAAACUUCUCUUCGCCAUCUUUGCUUUGAUCUGUGCCAUCUUUGUACAGAAAUCAUCAGCUGCACCUGUUGAAAGUGACGCGGGUGACUCGCGUCUCUUUGGUAUUAUUCCAAACAUGAACUGUUUCAUUCAAUGUGUUCAACCAGUUGGAGCAGAAAGUGCCGAUGUUGACGAUGCUGAAAAAGUUCGUGGUCUCCUUGCUAACUAUGCUAAUGCUUGGGAUUGUAUUAAACAAUGCAGUUAA